AUGAACUACGAACAUCCUGAACGAUGUGUUUUCAUCGGGAACAUUCCGUAUGAAGCACCUGAAGAAAAAGUGAGGGAGAUUAUGGAGUCCAUCAAAAAGGAUCCUAAAACCGGAAAGAAUAAAGGAAUUGGGUUUUGUGAAUUUCUGGAUCAGCAAACUGCGGAGCAAGCGAUGAAGAUGAAUAAUGAGAAAGAAAUUGAUGGAAGACCCCUUCGAAUUGAUUUCCCUGAUGGAGGUAAACAAGGAAAGAAGGAUUCUACUACGAGAAGCUAUUGUUCUUAUAUUACUCAGGCUGAUGCUUACCAACUCCUUCGUCAAACAAAGAACAUGAUCAAAGAAGACCCUGCGAGGGCAAAAAUGAUUUUAGUGAACCAUCCCAAUAUCACACGAGUCCUUGAAGAGUUGAUCCGAUUUAACAACAUCAAGUAA